AUGGCUACAAUUUCUGAUAGAUAUUCUAUUCAUACGGAUAGUAAUGUAAGUAAAAAUAUUUAUAAUAAUGAACAAAAGAAGAACGAUGAGGAUGAAGAAAUAAAAAGGUCUCAAUUAUCAUCAAUGGAUGGUUAUCAAGGUGAGAAGACCACAAAAAAGGUUAAUGAUUCAGUUCAAAUUGGAAAAACAGAUACGUUAUCAUCAUUUCAAUCUAUUAAUGAAAAUAAAAAGUCCGAUCGAAUGUCUCCAACAUCAAAAAAGUCAUCAGAUAACAAUACAAAGAAAAAGAAUAAUGAAAAAACAAUUAAAAAAAGUCAGCAAAAGGAGGAAUCAAGGUCUACAACUAUGUCCUCCACUUCAAUUGGUACUAAUAAUAUUAAAAGAGAGGAAGUUGUUUCCUCUAGUCUACUAAACAAUAAUGAAAACAAUAGAAAAGAUGAAUCAACUACCUUAAAUAACAUGAAGAAACGUAAGUCAACAUCAAACAAUUCCGAUUCAAAAACGAAAGAAUCAACAAAACUCUCACCGACAAAUGUUGAUUCGAAAAAUGAUAAUGCCUUUCCUAUACAAAAAGAUGAUGCUCAACAUUUAACAGAUUUUCAACUUGAAAAAGCAAAAUAUUUUUUCAAUGUUAAUCUUGAUAUUGAAAAUAAAGAAUAUGUGACAUGGGAAGAUGUAGAAUUUUAUUUAUUAUUUCAUGCAACAGCUGCAGGUAAAGAAGGAUCUGAUGGUGAUGAUUUAGAAGUACGAUUAAAUCGAGCUGCAAAAGCUUUUUGGGAACAUGUACAUGAUCAAGUUCCAUUAUCUGAUGGUAAACGUGAUACACUAACAUUAGAUCAAUUUCUCGAUACAUGGGCUGGUCUUAUUGAUUAUGUUGUUCGAACAAAUCAAUUACCACCUAUUAUUCAAGAUCUAGUUAAACUUGGUUUUGAAUUAUAUUCAACAGAUAAUGGUAAUGAUAAACCAACAACAAUACAACCAGCUGCCUUCGAUCAACUUUUUCAAAAAAUGAACAUAGGUCGACCUUAUGCCAUUAUGGCAUAUAAAUAUCUUACUGAAAAUGGUACAAAACCGUUAGAUGCUGAUAAAAUUGAUUCACUUGUAAAAGCAGUAAUAACAUCGUCAGAUGAUGAACAUGAUUCACAUUUUCUUCUACCAGGUUUUUUUAAAACAAUUGCUAAUACGAGAAAUAAUGAGAAAGAUAAUAAACCUCAAACAGAUUCAUCAGGUCCAGAUGAGGAUAUUUCUCAAACUAGUGAAAAAUCCUCAUCAACAUCACGUGCACCAUCUCAAACAUCAACUUCACGUUCGCAAACACCAAUAUUACAUUCAAAAUCUCGAACAAUAAAUGAAUCAUUAGCAUCAUCUAUUUCUCAAGCAGUAGAACAAAACCUACAUUCAGCAUCAUUAUCAAAAGAACAACAAAAACCCCGUGAACAGCAACCACCACCAGCAGCAACAUCAUCACCUCGAUUUACACAACAAAAUAAUUCUCCAUCAUCACCAUCACCUCGAUUUCAACAACAACCACAGCAACAACAGCAACAGCAACAACAAAAACCUUCACCUCUAUCAAUACCAAAUGAACAAAAACGGGAUAUUUCAUCACCAUAUCAACAUAUAAAUACUCCUAUUUCAUCAAAUAAUAUAGCUCAAUCACCUACUCCAUCUUUAUCAACAAGUCAACGACAAAAUAUAUCAUCAACAUCUCCAAGACGACAAAAGAUUGAUAUACAACGUGAAGAUGAAAAUAUUCGUAAUCUUUUACGUUAUUAUCAUAUAGAUGAUGGUGAUGUUGUUGAAGUUGCCGAUGGUAAUAAUCAACGUAUAGUUCUCAUUCAUCCUGAUCGUCCUAUACCAUCUUAUAUUCAAGAUGAAAGACAAUCAUUACAAAAAAUAAAACAAGAUGCAACCAUGUCACAAAAUGGAUCUAUUAAUACACCUAAUAAAUCAAAUAAUAAUGAAAAAUCAUCACAGGAACCAAAUAUAACAGAAUCAAAACCAAAUAUAACUUUAGAAGGACGUGUAUUUCGUGGUGAAGCACAAAAAGGUCCAACAAUACCAUUACAACAAGAUCAUAGUCAAGAACGUUCAUCAUCACAAAAUGUUCGACAAGUAUAUCCAAAAGUAAAUGAAGAACAAAAUGAAGAUUUACGAAAGAAAGCUUGUAAACGUCAUGAAAAACAUUCGAAUAAAAACAAAAAGAAAAAUACAGAUGAUACGUCAAUAACUAGUGAUAUACAAUCAUCUCGAAAAGAUGAGAAAAAACCUAAAAAAGAUACAUCACAUAAUGAAGAAGAAAAAAUUGUUGCUGCUAUUUUAAAACAUUUAGCUCCAAUCGUUGAACAACGAGUUCAUGAAGAAAUUCGUCGUAUUGAUAAUGAUGAAACUGAUCAAGAUGAAGAUGAUAAUUUUCUACCAUUUCCAUUUAUGUUAGCUGCUGGUUUACCAUUUUUUAGUGGUGGUCCUAAUGGAGCUCCACCAUCACAAGAACCAAGACAACAACAACAACAAACAUCACAACAAAAUGCACCAAGUAAAGAACAACAACAAAAUCAAAAUGUACCACGCGGACCUGAUUUUGGUGGAGCUGCAUUUAUGCCACCUCCAUUAUUUAUGGCUAUGAUGAGUGAUUUAGCACGUGGAGGUGCAGGAGGAGAUAUGCCAGGUUUUCCACAUAAUAUGUCAUCUUCAUCUCGUGGACCAGGUGGUGCUCCUGUUGGUGUUGAAGGCUUUAUGAUGUUUGUGGAUGAUAAUCAAAUGAUGGGUGGUACCUCUGGUUUUCCACCACGUCCUGGACCUCGCUUUUAA